CCUUAUGUAAGCGGCGCACAAUGUGUAUGUCCUCUUGACGCGGCCUAAAUGGUUUCAGAAGUAGUAGCUCCAACCUUCGACAAUAGCUGAUGGACCGUGUAUUGUUCGGAAACGGAAUCCAGCAGUCUCACAAUAACGCUGGGAUGGUCGAGAGGCGGAUAGGCGGUGAGAGUGUCGCCGUCUCCGUCAGAUGAAGUGGGUGUGCAGCUCUUCGGCGUGGAAGCGCUUGAGAAUAUUGGUUGCGACUGAAACUUGGCUUCGGUUGAGUGUUCUAGCGUCGCAAAAUAAUCUCACAGAUUGCGGAAACGAUAAAUCCAUCGAAACGUUGUGAGGACGGACUGUACGUGAGCAUGCUCUUCAUAUAUAUAUAUGUACGUGACCUGGGAUGGCUAUUAAUAUGCAUUUCCGUCCUCAUCUGUCCUCUACUCUUGAUACACUAUGGACGCCACCCUUCUUCGUCUUCUGACUUGCCAUAUAGACAAGCCCGCAAGGCUAUGGUCGCAUCGCCCUGCCCACCUUAUCACGCUCUCACCUCCACCAUCACUUAUACUGGGAGGGGGGGCGUCCUUCAGCUUCAGCGUGACUCGGCAACUAAGACACCCCAAGACCUUGGACGCUGCUUUGUCCUGCACCAAGAUCGAGCUACUAACAGGCAAUCGUCCACUUUCCCAUCUUCUUCCAUCGUAAAUACCGGUCAUGCGUCGAGGCUGCACGUCUCAUCAGCCUUGCCCACGAGGCCGCGCAGGCUCAGCAACUGGAUUGGGCGCGUGAACAUGAAUGACCGUGGCUUCAAAUGCGCGUCUCUAGGUCAGUCCUACGGAGGUUGGGUUGCAAGCAAGCCUUGCCUCUCUCUGCUCCAGCGACUACGUACGUACACGACGAUCGGGCUAAAGCAUCCGCACCCACCCCGUAUGCGUAUGCGCCUUGCACCGCUUCCUCUUGGACGCCUCGCCACCCCUAUCGUAUCAGAAGGCUAGCCUCGCAUGAUGAUGCACGCAAGCACUGGUCCUAAUCGUCAGCGCCUGGAGAGUGUUGCGUUGCGGCAGCUCUGGCGUCGACGAACGCGCAGGUUCAUGCAUGAUUCCCGUCGACCCCGCGAUGCCGCACUCACGGUGAUCGUCACGAUCGCCACCCUGUUCACAAUGUCGAGACUUGAGACAGCAGUAGCCGCAACGUGCGCUGGACGUGAGCUGAAGACCUGAGGUCGACGGGUCUCGCGCAGCGUGUUCAUUGUUGAAAUGA